AUGAAAAUAAAUGAAAAGAUAUUUCUUUCAUUUUUUAAUAAAUUAAUAGACAAAAAUAGCGGUAAAAACAAACGUAGUAAGAAUAAUAAUGUAAUAAUUAACAACAUCACCAAUUAUAUUAAAAUAUUUGAAAAAAAUAAUAAAAUAAAUCCAAAAGAUAUUGAAGGAACCUUAAAUAAUCCUGUUGAAGGUGAUUUAUUGGUUAAAAACAACAAAAAUAGUGUAAUAAAGAAUAGAAAUUAUCUGUACAAGUUAACAAAGAAUGAAAAUAUAUUAUUGCAAUACUCGCUGGACCGUUUGUUAAAGGGGAUUUUGAGCGGAAGUAGAGAAACCUUUGGGAAAUGCCUUCAAGAAAUUCUGAUUAAUUUUAAAGAUCACAUUAAUUUUGACAAUUUAAUAUUACUGUUCCUGGACUUGUAUAACGUUAAUAACGUGUCGAACCAGGAAAUAAGACAUUUGUAUCUUGGAAGGCUAGAAAUACUGCUACAUCUCUCGAAAAUCAACCUCUUCUCACAUUACGCUAAAAUUAGAGAAAUAUGUAAAAUAGUGGAAUACAUACACGAAGUGUAUAACUAUAAAGUUUAUCUGCAAGAUUCAUCGAAUGUUUUGUUGAUCGCAAUAGUAAACCAAUUGCAAGAUAGCAUAAAAAAUGAAGUAGUCAAUAAAAUCUUAGAGCUAUUUAAUAACAAUGAUAGUCUUUUGUUGUACUUUAAAGCCGAAAGUGAUUCAGAGUGUCGGAUUCAGAAACCCUCUGAGUUACAAUUUUCUAACAACGUAGUAGAGAAUAAGAUAAUGUCGAUACUGAAGGAUAUGAAAAAUGUGUACCCAAUAGUAAAUAUAUACGUGAUAGAUGUUAUAGCAAAGUUAAAUGAUCCAGAGAUCUUUAAGAAGUUAUUGAAUGUGCUGGAUUGUAUGUUGGAAAGCAGUUUAAAUUCAGUCAAGACCGCACUGACGGUCUAUUUAAUUUUAUUAUUUAAAGCCAGAUCUGAAUUGUUUCUCAUACUAAUUGAUAACCUGAGUAUUUAUUUUAAAGUCAUCAUCAAGUAUUAUAAAUACAACAAUCAGCUGUAUAUUAAGCAGUUUAUAAAUAACUACCUACACCUGUUAUCCACCAGUAUCACAAGCUACAGUUGUGGGAAUAAGUUAGUAAGUACCAUAUACAAUAACUUGAUCAUGAGUAAAAAUGAUAGAAAUACUGGAGUAAACAGCGAUAUUAUUCCAUAUGUAAACAUAUACUACAAUUUAUUACAAAAUCUAUACUGUGACGAGAACACCUUUAUGACCAAGGAUAUGACUAGUAAAGCAGAAUUACAAGAGGAUAUUGAUAAAGAAGAAAUCAAAGAAAGUGGUGCUGAAUCUUUUGAUAAUUGGAAUAAUGAGAACAUAUACAAGGUGUUAAAUUCAAUAAAUUUGUAUGAUAAGAAUUCUAACGUAUUUUUGGCAGUGAUUAAAUCACUGAUGAACAAAUUGUUGUUGAAUCUACCAAACCCCAGGUCAAUUUUCAAUGAACUAAUGUCAAAAAUACAUUCUGAUAGUUUUAAAAUAUCGCUGAUCAAGUUGUUAAUAUUAAACAACAAUUUCAGUCUAACCACUGAACUUUUAUUACACUAUACUGGAGUAAAAGAUGGAAAAUCCGAAAGUGCAGAAUCGAGUGUUUUUAAUACAGGACUGUUGGAUUUGUAUGUUACAGUUCUAACCAAGAAUGUAAACAUAAUAGUCAACAAGAGGUUAAGCAAUAAAGAAUUGAGUAAUCAUUGUAGUAUAUUAUGCAAUAAUGUUGAAAUAUUGAAUAAGGUUAAGGGUGAUGAUGAAUUGUUGGAAAAGUUUUAUAACCUUAUCAAAGAAUUUAAGACCAAUAUUAGCCCUAAUUUGGACACCGAAGUCAUAUUAGAAAACACAUUAAUAGUAACACUAUUGGUGUAUUAUAUAAUAAAUACCAAUUUACAGCCUAGUGACGAUGUUCUUCAGAUAUUCAUGAAUCACAUGUACAAUUAUGUUACCAGAAAAGAACAUGAUAAACAUGAACCUGAUGAUAAUUUAUUGUAUAAUAUGAUAGUAUAUAAUAUAUUUAAUUAUGAUGACGAAAAUUUGAUGAACAAGUUGUAUAACACAGUUAACAAACUGACGUUUAAGUGUGUAAAUAAGAAGUUCAAUAGUCAAAUUUGGGACACAAUUUUCAAAAUCACCUUAAACAAUGAUCUACAUAUUAUCAAUGAAAUGUUAACUAUUAACAAUAUUCUAAAACAAGAAGAUGAGGAAAGUGAGGAUGAUGAGUUCACUGAAUCAGCCAGUGAAGAAGAUGAUGAAGAUAGUGAAGUAAAAGAAGAUGAAGAUACUAAUUCAUUGGAGGAAGAUAAUGAUGAGGAAGAUACGGACAAGGAAUUUGAAGGAGAUGUAGAUGAUUUGGUGGUUGAAAAUUUCAAUGAAUUGAUAAAUGAAACAAGUGUAAGUAAAGAAAAGGAAAAGAAGAAAAAUUACAGCCUUAAGAUAACAGGAUACAACUUGCUCUUGUAUUUGGAUAGCCUUGAUUUGAAUCGUCUAUAUCUGGUCCUAAAAGAUUAUAAUACCUCACUCAAGCAUAAUUAUAGUAACGCAAUAUACAAAUUCUUGUCAAAGAUGGCCGAUAACCCAAUGCCACCCAACGUUGUUUCUAUCAAAGAUAAUGGGUCAGAGUUGGUAAGUGAUAACGUUUGUGUUACAGUGAAAGUUUGUGAUGAGGAAGAGAAGUUUGAGUUGAGUGAAAAGGUGGUGAGAGUGCUAAAUUAUGUUUUGAAUAAUAAGAACAUGAAAAAUGUAAUAGUCCUGACAUUCAAGAUUAUGAGUAAGAAUGGUGUGCAUGUUGAAAAGGUACUUAAUUACAUAACCUGCGUUAUGUACACGAAAAGAACGGUGACAAACCACGACAUUCUAAUAACUUUAUAUAAAACAUUCAGAGUUCCUUGUAAGAUAAACUUGUUUAAGCUAUUAACGAAUAAUAUGAAGAGUGUAAUAAAAUCGAAACUGCUAACGCUAUAUACGUUUUUAUUGAACAAUGAUCAAGUUUGGAGUAUUGAAGAGGUCUUACAGGUUGUCCAUAAAUUACUACUAGAGCUUAAUAGAGCUGGAAGCGAAGAGACUGGAUCUGAACUUAAAUUCAUGGACACUGUCCCAAAUGUGAGUAAGCAAUAUCUAAAAUCAUUAGUACUCUGUAUAAACAACUUGGUAAGACAUAUGAACAAGAGUUCAAAAUUAAAAGAAAAUAAACAAGUACAGGGGAAAUUAAAUGAAAUCAACCAAGUUAUUAAAACGUUAAAUAAUAAAGUUAUCAACAAGUAUUACGUAAAAUACAUCAUAUAA